GAGAUAUUUGUUUUUUUUAAAAUACCCUGCAACGUGUGUGUACCAGGCCUCAACCGUUUCCUUGUUUACCUGGCAGUUAUGAAAAAACAUCAAGGUACAAUUAUUGCACCCGUCAACUCCGGCAAAGUUUUGUGAAGCACAGCUGGUAAACUUGUUCAACAAUGGACAAGUGCUGCAACUUAUCUUCUGAGGAGCAAAAGAGCCAGAUGAUAGGCAGAGAAAUAGAACAACAUAAAAUGGACAAACAAAAUCUCAAACGUAAGGUGAAGCUGCUGCUUUUAGCAGAACAUUGCCCAUCCAUCCCACUGUCUCCUCAGGCUUGCCUGCUUCCCACAGUGCAUCUUGGUGGCAUUCAUUCCCUAGGAACUGGUGAGAGUGGGAAGAGCACCUUCAUCAAACAGAUGAGGAUCAUCCAUGGCAAAGGAUACAAUGAAUCUGACAGGAAAAGUUUCAUCAAACUGGUGUGUCAGAACAUCAUUACAGCCAUCCAGGCGCUAAUUGAAGCCAUGCAAACUCUAAAUAUCGACUAUGUUGAUGACCAAAAUGUUAGCUAUGCUAACACAUUGAAAGAAGUGGAUGUAAUCCAGGUAAUAACUUUGGAGUCCUGGCAGGUGGAUGCCAUAAAGCGAGUGUGGAAUGACCACGGAGUACAACAGUGCUAUGACAGGAGGCGAGAGUUCCAGUUGUCAGACUCUGCCAAAUAUUAUCUGUCUGACAUGGACAGAAUCACAGCCCCAAUGUACAUUCCCACUGUGCAGGACAUCUUGCGGGUCAGGGUUCCCACCACGGGCAUCAUAGAGUACCCAUUUGACAUGUCAAAGGUCAUUUUCAGGAUGGUGGAUGUGGGUGGCCAGCGUUCCCAAAGGAAGAAGUGGAUCCACUGCUUUGAAAAUGUCACCUCCGUCAUAUUUCUGGCAGCCCUCAAUGAAUACGAUCAAGUCCUGUGUGAGAGUGAAACAGAUAACCGACUGGCUGAGAGCCUUGCCCUCUUCAAGACAAUCGUCUCAUCCAAGUGGUUUCAGGAGUCAUCCACCAUACUCUUUUUGAAUAAAACAGACCUGCUAGAAGAGAAAAUCAAAAUAUCGCAUUUGGCAACCUACUUCCCAGACUACAAUGGGCCUUCAGGUGAUGCUGAAUCUGCAAAAAAGUUUAUUGAGAAGAUGUACAUCGAGCUCCACAAAAAUCGUCACAAACCCCUCUACACACACUUCACCUGUGCCACAGACACAGAGAACAUCCGAAUUGUCUUCAAAUCAGUCAAAGACACAAUUUUUUUAGAAAACAUGGCUUCUUUAAACAUUGAAUAAGGAAGGAUGGACUGGUUGUUUUAAUGUUUAGGCACAUAAAUUGCUGGUGGCAACCACAGAUUCCAACAAUAUUAUUGAAUAUUUUGUUGGUUAAAUGCUUUUUGUUUAGCUUGUUAAAAAAAAUUAAAAAGGAGAGACAUUUAAACAGCAAAGCCAGGCAUACAAUCUAUCCAGGCUUUAAAUCUCAUUUUAUCACAUCUAUUUAUUUAAAGUUGUACAGAGUCAAAUCUCCUAUGUAACUAUAUGUACAACAGCACUGCCACAUAUUCUUCAUGCCACCAGUAGAUUAUGGGCCUUCCAUUGUUUCACACACCCUAUAAUCCACACAAUCAGAUGAACUCUGACUAGCGAUACUCGAUGGAGGAAGAAUGCCACACAUCCUGCCUUGCAGCUUUGAAGAGCAGAAAUGAAUAGGAACACUGCAAGCAGACGGCUCUACAUUUGUUUUUGUUUUUAUUCACAGUGAUAAUGACAAAAUGAUAAUGUUUUCAAUAAGUCUCUUGUUUGUUCCCACUAUCUUUAUAAAAUAUUUAUUAUAAAACUUACUGUGUCAUAUGUUGUACAAUCUGAAAUAAAACAUGUGUUGUCACUUUAAAUUGUA